AUGCAAGGCUCUUUUUUAGAGAAGGAAGCUCUAGCUGACAUCUUUAGUCAAAUAAAAGGUGUAGAUGAGCAAAUUUUUGGUGUCAUUUUAGAAAAAUUAAGAAAGGAAAAAGUUUAAGGCAUCAUUGGAUAUCUUUCUGAUAAGGGGACUCAAAGCCAAUUAGAAUCAUGUAUCUUAAAAAAAGGAGUCUUUAUCACCCAGGCUGAUAAAGAAUAGAAAUUGUCUGUAGUUAGAAAUGAUAUCAUAUAAAUCACAGAAGUCUUAAGAAAAUUAAAAGACCAUGACUUCAAUAAGAUAAACUAUUCCUCUGAAGAAAAUUUAGAAUCUUCAUUAAAUCUAAUUAAUAGCGUCAAGGAUAAUAAAUAGAUCAUCGAAUUUCUUUAAUUUUUAGUUCAACUUACAUCUAUUGAUAACUCUCUAAUAUAAUGCGGGUCUAAUUCAUUACAUAUAUUAGUUUAUAUGAGGGUGGACCUUAGAAAUAAAUGUUUUGAAAAUAUCAGGAUCAAGAAUACUUCUAUAAUUAGAGGUAAUUUUGUUGGAUUUAAUUUCAAUGGAUCUGAAUUUGAUAAUCUGUUCGAUUGUAAAUUGAAGAACAUUGAAAUCCAUGAAUUGAAUAAAUUUGAUGGUCAUGCAAGCACUGUCUACUCAGUAUGUUUCUCACCUGAUGGAAAUACAUUAGCAUCUGGUAGCGAAGAUAAGUCUAUCCGUUUAUGGGAUGUCAAAACAGGGUAAUAAAAAGACAAACUAGAUAGUCAUACUAGCACUAUCUACUCAAUAUUUUUCUCUCCUGAUGGAAAUACAUUAGCAUGUAAUGAAGAUAAGUCUAUCCGUCUAUGGGAUGUCAAAACAGGAUAAUAAAAAGCCAAAUUAGAUGGUCAUGAUAAUUGGGUAAGAUCAGUCUGUUUCUCUCCUGAUGGAAAUAUAUUAGCUUCUGGUAGUGAUGAUAAGUCUAUCCGUCUAUGGGAUGUCAAAACAGGAUAAUAAAAAGCCAAAUUAGAUGGUCAUNAUUUUGUAAUUAUUAAGAUUAAAGGAGAUAAUUAUAUCUUCUCCAACCUUUAUAUAUGA